CGGCCGGUUUCUGUUUCGGGAGCCUGGACGGGGCGGGCGUUGCCUGCCUGCGGGCGGGGAUGGCUUGAAAAAAAGGCGAGCCGGAGCGGAGGUGAGCGGCGCGGCCGAGCCAUGGCGCAGGAGCUGAGCCAAGCGGAGCUGCUGGACUUCCUCUGCCAAGCCGGGGGCCGGGUAGCCAACGCCGCUUUGCUGGGCCACUUCAAGCGCUUCUUGCGCGACCCUCAAGCGGCCCCAGCUCAGCUCCAGCACCGCCGCCACCUCUUCAAGGGCUUCGUCAACUCCGUGGCCACCGUCAGCCAGGACGGGCCCGGCGCCGCCACCUACGUCGUGCUCAAGAAACGGUACCGGGACCUCAUCGGGGAGGUGGAGCCCAGACCACCGCCGCCUCCGCCGCAGCUCCAACAAGCCAGGUGCGAUCGCUCGGGGAAAUCUCCCCAACCGAGGAGGGAAGCCGAGGACGGCGGACGGUUCUCGGAUGGGGAAGUCUCGGCGGGCCGGAGGAAAACCGGCACACCUUCCACUUCACCUGGAGGACCCGGAUCUCGGCCUCCGCCGCCUGCCAGCCCCCAUGUGGGCUGCCUGGGGAGAGAGAAGAAGGGUCCCCGGCGAUCCCUGGCUGAGCCAGCCGCCCUGGAUUUGCAAGAAAAGGCGCCUCAGUCGAACGGCCUCAGUUUACCCGUCGGAGAAAUGGGCCCGCUUCCAAACGCCGGCAGUGUCCACCAAAGGAUUCGGGAUUGGAUCGUGACCCAUCAUGAGGCUUCUCCCGAGCCGCCCUUCCAACCUCUGGAAGCCUGCCCCGUCCCAGCUUGGUCUCAAAGCUCAAACCGGAGCUCCUGCCGUCCUUGUGGGUCCUUGGAUUUGGGAUUUGGAUCCGAGUCGUCGGAGAGCUGGCGGGAUCCUCCGGUGGUGCCCGUCUUCCGCAGCAUCCGAUGCCGGCUUUCCUUGCAGGAUUUGGAAGAUCACUUGGAGCAGGAGAGCUCGGUCAGCGAAGAGGGCAGCAGCAGUGCCAGCAGGGACAGCGGUUCCCAUCCGAGGGAAGGGGAAGCGGGCAGGACGAAGGGCUGCAUCCGAAACACAGCUGGGGGCGAGGGGCUUGGGGACGCCCCUCACGGCAAUGGCCCGGGGGUGAUGGUGAUGCCCCUUGUCCAAGACUCCAAGCCCCCUCCUCACGUUGCUUUGCUGCACCGGAUUGUUGGCAGGGCGGGCACCAUGGGCAAAGCAGAAGGCAGGGAUCUGUUGAAGCCGAAGGCGAGAAAAAUGGGCAGACCGCCCUCCCCAAAUCUGGAUGCCCCCUUAAGCCCCCGGUUGGUACCCAGACAAAGACUCGUGGCAAAUGCCCCGUUUGUGGAAAAGCUGGCCUCUAACCCAGAUGGGCCUGCUGAGCACAGGUCUUCCUUGGUCCCCUUGGAAGGCCGAGAACACACCUGGCUGGUGAAAAUUGCCACGGGGUCUUGGAUGCAGGUCCAGGCGCUGCUCCAAGAAGACCCUCACCUGGUGCUCCACAGGGACUUCGUCUCUGGCUUCACGGUGCUUCAUUGGCUGGCCAAACACGGGAAUGUCCAGGUGCUGGAGGACUUCGUCACCGGCGCUCAGGAGGCCGGGAUUGUCCUGGAUGUCAAUGUCCGGUCAGGUUGUGGCUACACUCCGUUGCACCUGGCGGCCAUCCACAGUCACCACCUGAUCAUGAAAAUCCUGGUGCAGAAGCUACAGUGCCGGACGCAGAUCCGGGACAGCAGCGGCAAGAAAGCGUGGCAGUACUUAAAUGCCAACGCCUCGGGAGAAAUAUGGCAGCUUUUGGGGGCCCCACGAGGCAGGACCAUCUUCCCAACUCAUCCCAUCGUCAGACCGUCCGCCGUCUCUUCUUCCUCAACCUCCCUAGCUAGGAAAGUGAGCAGAAAGCCUUCCCUGGCAAACUACUUGAAACCUCAACAUAUGAAACGGAAAAAGGGGUGUAAGUGCUCCAUUUUACAGGAGAUUGAGGAAUACAGUGAUUAACAAACGGGGCUGGGACCACGACAAAAAAAGGGGGGAUUUUGAUGUUCCAGGAAGACAUCUUCCAAAAGAUGUCUGUUUUUUUUGAGCUCACGUUUGGGGAGAAACUGCAUGAAAAACGGCACUUUAUUCCAUAUUUGGAUUUUAAUUUUAACUGGGAUGGGGAGAAUUGCUUAAGGCACCCCAUGCAGAAACUUGGGGUUUGGGUCCGUCUGUUUCGUGUCCGUUGCCACUGCACUUUAGCUCUUUUUUUUCCCUUGCAAAAACAAGUGGGUGAGAGCAAAA